AUGAUCAGUAAGUCCUCUCCCAAAGACCUCAUCGAGUCGUUCCCGCACAGCAAGCUCACGCCCAUCGCUACCGCGACGACCAAACCUGAUUACCUGUCGCUUCACCAGCUUCAGUGGGAAAUCAACGACAAUGCUGAAUCUCUUUCCUCCACUCUUGGAGACGGCCAACACGGUCACCUUUUUCUCGUCGUUUCCGAAACCGAGUAUCUCGCCAUGACAGACGGCGUCCCUUGCAUUCCUCCCGUGCAACCGCCCUUGGACCCCGACCAUGCCGCCAAUGCCACUGCGCCUCAAAUCCUUGAAGCCAAUCGCCAAAACGACAAACGUCAAAAGCUCUUUGACCUUUACCAUAACGCCAACAAGGCGUUUCGCAACCAACUUCUCGACGCCAUUCCCAUCGAAUACAUCGAAUCUCUCGGUCAUCCCACGCGUGGUUUCAACAAGGUCUCUCCUUUAGCCAUUCUCUCUCAUCUCUGGGAAACCUUUGGUACAAUUCAAGCGUCAGAUCUCAUUGCGAACGACAAACGCAUGAAAGCUGCCUGGCAUCCUCCCACGCCCAUUCAGCAACUUUUCCAGCAGCUCAAAAAAGGUAACCAGUUCAUCAUUGCGUCCGGCCAAAUCAUGGACAAACGCAUUAUUGCUCGCAUCGGCUACCAGAUCAUCGAAAAAACUGGCCUGUUUGAUCACGCGUCUCGCGACUGGCGUUACAAGGACGAAGCCGACAAAACUUUGGCCAACUUCAAAAAACAUUUUCAGAAGGCCAAUAAAGACCGCGCCCUCACCGCCACCAGCAGUUCUGCCGGCUAUCAUACCGCAAAUCAAGGUACAGUCAGCAAAGGUAAAUCGUACUGCUGGACUCACGGCAUUGUCAACAACACGAAACACACAAGUGCGACGUGUGAGAAACAAGCCCCUGGUCACCAGAUCACGGCCACCAUGCAGAACAAACAAGGUGGUUUGACUUCGGCUUACCAGUACACUCCUCCGGCGACCAAAUAG